GGGCCAGACCUCUACCAGAGAACCCUGAUGCUACAUACUUCUAUCUUUUGAUUAUUGAACGGGGGGGUCAUGUUUGGUGCCCAGAGUUCAAUUUUAUCGUUCGUGGCGUAUGAUCUCGUACAACCAAGACGAGUUCUUCACGCUAUUGUCGAAGCUGCAAGGCUCCGCCUUCCGCGGUAACGGGCCUCGCCGCGCGCUGUUCAUGGCGUGUUUUGCCAUGGUCGUCGCCAUCGGCAACCACAUGUACUCGAUCGCGUUCAUUCCGUCCACGAUGAGCGUCGCCUGCACGUACACCCUGAACGUGUUCAAUGUGUUCCUCGGUCUCCUCAUUUCGUUUCGACUCAACUCGGCGUUCAAUCAAUGGCGCUCGGGUGUCGUGGCCAUGGGGUCGGUGGGGGAUGCCGCAAGGGGCAUUGUGUCGUCGACGGUAUCGUUCUUGGAUCUACGAGAGGAUGGCGAAGACAAGCUUCGCUUUGCAGGGGAGCUGCGGCGGCUCGUGUGCCUGUACGUGUCCAUCUUGGUCCAAGACGCCCGAGGAUGCGCGCAAGAAGACCUGUCGUCCUUCAUCCAGGGCCAUUUGCUCGAUGAGACAGAGGCCGAAGAAAUGAAGCGCUGUGGGGUCGUGUGCAACCGCGAGCGGGUUCAAAAAGGUCGCGGCGUGUCUGUGGCCCAAGCCAACCCGUACAAGUUGCGGUCGUCCAUGGUCGAAUUGUGGAUUCGUCGGUUGAUUCAAAGUGGGCACCGACGUAAUUGGUUUGGCAUGCCCCAAGCCGCGGCCGUCAACGGCUACGUCUCGACGUUGGUCAGCCUCUAUUCGACGAUUUACACGAUUGCAAACAUUCCCAUCCCAUUUAACUACGCUCACUUCCUCGUUGCGGUCAUGACCGCCUACCUCACAGUGUACACGUUUGCGAUUGUUCACGCGUCGAGCUACAUAACCCCAUUUUGGGUGUACGGUUGGGGCUUUGUCAUCUUUUCCGCCGACGACGUCGCCCGUGAAAUUGAGUGCCCGUUUGGCACCGACCACAACGACAUUGACUUGGAGAAUCGUAUCGUGCGUAUCGAAGAAGAGCUCGAUGUGGUCCUUCGCAGCGCCUACUGUCACGAAGCAUCGUUGCGUGCACCAGUGCUGUACUCGCCCAAGUCCAUGGAGUCCACCACGUCCGUUUGUGUGGACAGCCUCCCCUUCUCUGAAGUGAGCGACCAUGUUGUCGAAGAAACCAACCCCAGCCUGUCCUUCGCCCCAUCCGAAAUUCCGAUGCCCGCGGGGCCAAUGCUACGGUUUAUGCUCACCCAUUCGAAUUCUGACAAGGACUUUCAAGCACCCCUAAGUGAUGUCGAAGAAGGAGGCGUUCCUGCUGAAGAGGCACCGCUUGUGGCAGCCUCUCCCAAGCCAGGAUAUGGCUCUUCCAGCUCUGCACGUAACGAAGUGUGGUUGUGAGCUGUCUGUUGGUAUCAUCCUUUUGUAACGUUAACUAAGGGUGCGUCUGGUAACAUUUCAA